ACGUGUUUUCUUCAUGUUUUGACGAUGCAUGAUGCGGAAAACAGUUGUCAACUGCAUCAACAUGUAAAAUGCCGAAUUUUAAAGCAGCUCUCCGGUAGCACAUGGCAGCAGAAGAAGCCGGAGGUGUCGGCCAGGCUUCGGCCUGUCUGUGUGUCCUCUGCGGGCUGCCUGCUGCUGGGAAGUCCACGCUGGCCCGUGAGGUCUUCCGUACCGCUGCACAGCACGGAUGGAGAGCCGGUGUUGUGGUGUAUGAUGACCUGAUCCCCGAGCAUGCUUUUCAGACCAGAGUGGUGGAAGAAGGGGCCGAUCUUCAAAAAAUGCAAACUGAAUGGAAGUCACACAGACAAGCAGUUUUGCGAAGCAUUGAGCAGUUCUUGGAGAAACCUAAAGUUUUGGCGGAGCUUCCGAGCAGCUGUCAGAUCAACAAGGCUGCAUGGGAACGAUGCAUUCGAGCGCUACUGCAGCCUGAAGUUUUGGACCACUCACAGGCUGAUCAGGCGCCUCUUCUCUUUCUACUGGAUGACAACUUUUACUAUCCAAGCAUGAGAUAUGAGGUGUAUCAACUUGCAAGAAAAUGUUCUCUGGGUUUCUGCCAGGUGUAUCUGCAGUGUGAUUUGGAGUCCUGCAUGAGCAGAAACCAGAGCAGGUCUGAACCCAUUCCCACUGAGGUGAUGUUGGAGAUGGUGAAGCGUUUGGAGUCUCCAAAUCCACAGAAGAACUCGUGGGAGACAAACAGCAUUAUGCUCAACGCCACAGAUGAUUUCACCAAAUGUGACAUCCAGAGGGUGAUGGAGUUGAUCUCAUCUGCAGUGAGCAACCCGCUCAGCCCAGCUGAGGACAACACUGAACAAAAGGAGGCAGACCGCGUAAAAUGUGCGACAAGUGUGGUUCACCAGACCGACCAGGCCUGUCGGCGCCAUAUAUCUGAAGCCAUGAAGACUGCCAGAGACAAUCAAGUACCCCCUGUGCAGAUGAGGGCUUUGGCCGCCCAGUUGAAUGAGUCCAAAGCAACAUUUCUUCACAAUCUGCGGAGACAGUUGCUCCAGGAAACAUCUUUCAUCCAAGAGGACAUUGAUGUGGAACGUGUGGUGAAAAGAGCAGUGGACAUUUUUGAUUGUGAGAAAAAGGAAAUCCUGUCAAGAAUCACGAAUGAAAAUAAAUGACUUGAAUCUUUUCUCUAAAGGCAGAUUUAAUCGCAUUCAAAGUCACUGAAGAAUGUGUGACUGACACUGUAUUAAAAAUAAUAAUGUAAAUAAAUUUUUUGCUGGUCAUUGUGACAUUAAGUGAAACAAAGAAAAUGUAUGUAUCCCAUUAUUUUGUCUUGU